AUGGAAUUGGCCGGAUUAAGUGUCGCACAAGCCAUCACAAGAGUUUACGAUAAUUCAAAAUAUCCUCGUGCAUUGAUCUGUUGUGGACCAGGAAAUAACGGUGGUGAUGAUUCUUCAUUCAAUGAUAAUGAUUUGAUCGUUGAUGCUAUAUUUGGAUUUAGUUUUUCCGGUGAAGUCAGACAACCUUUUGGUCAAGUUAUUCAGAGAUUAAAGGGAACAAACCUUCCUAUUGUGUCAGUUGAUAUUCCAUCAGCAUGGGAUGUAGAAAAAGGCAACAUUGAUAAUCGUGGGUUUACACCAUCAAUGUUGGUUUCUUUAACGGCACCAAAAUUAUGUGCAAAACAUUUUAAUGGUAAACACUUCCUUGGUGGCAGAUUUGUUCCUCCAGAAUUAGAAAGAAAAUAUGAAUUAAAUCUUCCGUCUUAUCCUGGUUCGGAUCAAGUUGUAGACAUUACUAAUGCACCAAAUGAGAAAUUAUAA